GCAAGCGUGCGGGAGGGAGACAGCGUUCCUGGGGCCGGCUCGCUGCAGCUGAGGAGACAGAACUCAGACCCUCUUUGAUUAGGAUGUGUCAGUGUUGUCAGGGCAACUGUUAACAGUGGCGUAUCAUAUUUUGUCCUUGUGCUGCGUGCUGAAUAUUGUAGUGUGCUGUAGCUGGAAGAGAGUUGCCGAGGGAAAGGUGCUGCAGCACGGAACCUGGAGCUGUGGGCUACGAUCUGACUGAGCAGGUUAAGACAGCGACGAGCAGCAUCCAAAGCAAUGUGCCUUUAACUGGGGCUUUUCCUGAAGGUGGGGAAAGACUUCAAGCCUUUUGCUGCCGACUGGAUAGUGGCAUUUGUCAGCUGUUUGCAGACUGCUUAUCCAUAGGGGAUCUAUUACAAGUGCUCAAAUGAACAGACAGCGCUGCAGCUAGCAGCUAACCAGGGGCUGCAGUUUCCUAGUUGUUGUGGGUUUUUUUUAAUAAGCAAGAGGCAGCAGCAACAUGACUGGUUCAAUUGCUGCUCUCCGACAAGAGAGGCUGAAGAAAAGUGCCAGGCCAAAUCCCCCGGGUUUAUUCACCAUUAACGAAGAGGAUGAGCAGCAAAAGAACGGGAAUUCCAAAAGACCAAAAGCAACUGAAGGUUCUAAAAUACAAGACAAGAAAGUUACUUCAGGACAAAGCAACACUGGAACUAAGCCAGAUCAUCCAACAAUACUUAAGGUUGAUGACAGGCAACGGCUUGCUAGAGAACGGAGAGAAGAACGAGAAAAACAGCUAGCUGCAAGAGAAUCCAUCUGGUUAGAAAGAGAAGAGAGAGCCCGGCAACAUUAUGAAAGACACCUGGAGGAACGCAGAAAGAAGCUAGAAGAGCAGAGAUUAAAGGAAGAGAGAAGGCGAGCUGCCGUAGAGGAAAAGCGAAGGCAGAGACUAGAAGAAGAUAAGGAACGACAUGAGGCUGUUGUACGUCGCACAAUUGAAAGAAGCCAGAAGCCAAAACAAAAGCAAAACAGGUGGUCCUGGGGAGGAGCACUGCACAGCCGCAUUAAUAACUCAGGUUAUUUUUUUGAAUCAUCAUUCACCUUUCUCGAUUUAGCAGGCCUGGAGCACCACUUCAGAUCUCUGGGUGGUGCUAGAAAACCUGAUCCAGACAGGCGAUCUGUUUCAACAAUGAACCUUUCGAAACAUGUUGAUCCAGUCAUUAACAAGCGGCUCUCCUCCUCAUCUGCAACAUUACUAAAUUCUCCAGACAGAGCUCGCCGUCUGCAGCUCAGUCCAUGGGAGAGCAGCAUCGUUAGCAGGCUCCUGACGCCCACUCACUCAUUCCUGGCCAGAAGUAAAAGCACUGCUGCAUUGUCUGGAGAUGCAGUUAUCCCCAUUUGUCCCCGUUCAGCAUCUUGCAGCCCCCUCAGUCCUCUGUCCUACAAGACCAUGAGCUGUAGGAAUUCAGAGCGAGCAAAACUUUAUGCCUCUACUGAUGCUGUUGGACGUAGGAGAACAACGCAUCUGGCGGGGACUGACAAAAAAGAAAAAGAGAGAGACCAUUUGUCAUCCAGCUUCUCAGCCAGCUUUAAAGGAGGUCAUUUUUCUUCCAACCCCAAAGCUAGAUCACCAGCUCCCUCUCCAGUUUGGCAUGCAUCAAAGUCUUUGCCUUUUUUGCCUGGCACACCCAAGCAGAUAACUUCCCCACCUGGUUGCUCCAAAGUUUCCUCUACUCAGGCACGUCCUCCUUCUCCUGGCAACAUCCGGCCAGUCAAAAAGGAGGUCAAACCAGAGACUGAGAAGAAAAGACCAGAAAAGGAAGUUGAAAAGGCCAGUGAGGAGAGGACAGAAGAGAGUAAAGGAGAAUCUGCAAAGGAAAAUCUCACUAUCCAGGCAGAGCUCACUCAAGCAGCUAGCCCAUCCCUACCUCCUGCUCCACCAGUUCUUUCUCCACCACCAGUCCCCACAAAGACCUCUGCAGGUACAACUGACCCUGAAGAAGCAACAAGGCUGUUGUCUGAGAAGAGGCGCCUUGCCCGUGAGCAGCGGGAACGGGAGGAGCAAGAAAGGAGGGAGAGAGAGGAACUUGAAAGGCAAAAGAAGGAGGAGCUAUCACAGAGGAUAGCUGAAGAAAGAGCAAGGCGAGAAGAGGAGGAAGCUCGCAGGCAGGAAGCAGAACAGAAAAGAAAGGAUGCGGAGGAGGAGCGGGAAAAGGAAGAGCGUCUGCGCCGACAGGCAGAAGAGAGAGAACAGAAGGAGAAAGAAGAGAUGGAGCGCAUUCAAAAACAGAAAGAAGAGGAGGCUCGCCAGCGGGAAGAGGCAGAGCGGAUUCGAUUAGAGCGUGAGAAGCAUUUCCAAAGAGAAGAGCAGGAGCGCUUGGAAAGGAAGAAGAGGCUUGAGGAGAUCAUGAAGAGAACUAGGCGUGUAGAAGCUGUCGAUAAGAAAACCAGUGACCAGCAAAAUGGACAUAUAUCAAAGGCAAAUAGCACUGGGGAAGCAGUGAUAACCAGUCCUGCAUCUCCCUUGGAACCUGCGGGAGGAUCUCAGCUUCAGCAUGAAACGCAGUCUCCGCACAAUGGGCAGCCCAUCACCUGCUCACAUGUGAUUGUUUCACACCAAGCCCCUCUAAGCAUGGACAGCAAUCUCAAUCCAGAGAAAAAUGCGAAUGAAAACGGAAUGUCUAUGCAGAAUGAUAGCUUUGAAGAGAUCAUAAACCUGCCUAUUGGUUCUAAACCAUCCCGGGUGGAUGCCAUGAACAAUGAUGGAAGCAAUAGUUCUGAGAUUCCUUUGAAUCCAAUUCUAGCCUUUGAAGAGAAGGGGACUCUUUUGCCUCAGGUAGAUAGUGUUCAAACACAUCAAACAGCAGAAGUGAUCUGAUUGUUUCUUCUGAAGAACCAAAGGUGAUGUGAGCAUCUCUGCAGUCAGUGGAAUUUCUUCCAUGCUAUGAAGGAGUUUUAUUUUUUUUUCUCUCCAGUUUUCUAAAGAUUUCUUGAGUAUCUUUUUUGGAAGAACUUUAGUAAAACCAGCAGAAGAAAUGAUGGGAAUAGACUUGGAUCACGUUUCUACUAGCUUUCAUCACUAGAGAAAUCAUGCUUCACCUGCAUUACGCAAUAUGGCUUUUUCCAACAAGCUUUUUUUCCGUUAGUCAAUGGAGAUUUCUGCAUUCCUGAAGACACAAGACACUGGAAUCUGAAAGCAAUGAGCUGAUUUGGGUGGUGGGACUGAUGUAUUAGUUGGGGGUUUUUUUAAAGGUGGGUGUUGGUUUAAGAGGCAUGAUUGUAAAAUUGGCAAAGAAUCUUUUACACUUCGUGGUUCUAAUACUUGAAACACAAAUACCUCAUUGCUCUACAAGUAGAGCUGCCGGGGUGUUUCAUUUAAACCUGGUGGUUUAAAUAUUAUUGCAGAGAACUCUAAUUAUGGGGGCAAAGUCUAGGCUUCUGUAUUAGGUUCUUGUAAAUGUAAUUCCUACAGGGACAUUCUGUAAAUGGAGAUGUCACUCUGAUCU